GGAAGCGUGGACGCAGUCGUCGAUGAUAUUUAUAUGUUUACGGUGACGUGUAGUCGGAACCCUUUUCCUCUCUGACCGCCUUGAAAAAGUACUGCAUGUACCCGGAUGUGAAUGCAGAAAAAUAUAGGUGACACAUUUGCACCGCGUUUCCAGGGUUUUCCGGGAUGUUUAUCCCGGACUUGUGUUCAGAGUGAGCUCCGGUACCGGUCCGGGGAGUCCGGGGAGAAGGACGGGUUCUGCUGGACCUGCUGGAUCUGCAGCCUCGGAACUGAGGUGAGAUCGGGAUAACGCGUUGGGGAACAGGAUACCUCCCAGGCGGCUGCGGGACGACGAUGGCGCUGCGCUGUGUCUUGAUCCUGAGCUUGUUCUCCUGCUGGGCAGCGGGCUACAAGCCGGGGGACAAUGUGACUCUUUAUGUCAACAAAGUGGGCCCUUAUCAUAACCCCCAGGAGACAUAUCACUUCUACACGUUGCCUGUUUGCAGGCCGGAGAAGGUCCACCACAAGUCCCUGAGUCUGGGAGAAGUGUUGGACGGUGACCGGAUGGCAGAGUCUUUGUAUCACCUCCGCUUCAAAGAGAACGUGGAGAAAAAAACUCUUUGCCAGCUCACCCUGUCAGAGAAACAGGUGGACGAGCUUCGUGAAGCCAUCGAGGAGCUGUACUACUUUGAAUUUGUUCUCGAUGAUAUUCCAAUCUGGGGGUUUGUGGGAUACAUAGAGGAGAGUGGCUUCCUGCCUCACAGUCACAAGGUGGGUUUGUGGACUCAUCUAGACUUCAACAUCGAGUACAACGGCGACUCUGUGAUUUUCGCCAACGUGUCGGUGAAGGACGUGAAGCCCGUUCCCCUGGAGGAAGGGGCGGGGGCCGCGGUGGGGGGGGUGGGAGUGGGCGGAGGCAGCCUGACCGUCACACACACCUACAGCGUGCACUGGUACGAGUCCAACCUGCCCCACUCCCGGAGAGCCGAGCGCCUCAGGGACUACUCCUUCUUCCCCAAGACGCUGGAGAUCCACUGGCUGUCCAUCAUCAACUCGCUGGUGCUGGUGGUGCUGCUGCUGGGCUUCGUCAUCAUCAUCCUCAUGCGGGUCCUGAAGAACGACUUUGCCAGGUACAACGUGGAAGAAGAAAGUGGCUGUGAUGACUUAGACCAAGGAGACAAUGGCUGGAAAAUCAUUCACACGGAUGUUUUCAGAUUUCCUCCUUUCAAAAGCUUGCUUUGUGCUGUUCUGGGAGUCGGAGCUCAGUUCCUGACACUUGCCACAGCCAUUAUCGUCAUGGCUUUGCUGGGAAUGUUCAACGUACACCGCCAUGGUGCCAUCAACUCGGCCGCCAUCGUCCUGUACGCCCUCACCAGCUGCGUGUCGGGUUACGUCUCCUGCAGUUUCUACACGCAGAUCAAUGGCCAACGCUGGGUCUGGAACAUCAUCCUCACCUCAUCCCUUUUCUCAGCUCCCCUGUUCAUCACGUGGAGCGUGGUGAACUCCAUCCACUGGUGGAGCGGCUCCACCCAGGCCCUGCCGGCCACCACCGUGCUGCUGCUGCUGGGGGCCUGGGUGCUGGUGGGCUUUCCCCUCACAGUCAUCGGCGGCAUCGUGGGAAAGAACCGAGCCGGCAGCUUCCAGGCUCCGUGCCGCACUCGCAACAUCGCUCGGCAGAUCCCCACUCAGCCCUGGUACAAACACACCAUCGUGCACAUGGCCAUCGGCGGAUUCCUGCCCUUCAGCGCCAUCUCGGUGGAGCUUUACUACAUAUUCGCCACAGUCUGGGGCAGAGAGCACUACACGCUCUACGGCAUCCUGCUGUGCGUCUUCGCCAUCCUGCUCUCGGUGGGCGCUUGCAUCUCCGUGGCGCUGACCUACUUCCUGCUGUCAGGCGAGGACUACCGGUGGUGGUGGCGGAGCGUCCUCAGCACCGGCUCCACGGGCGUCUUCAUCUUCGUCUACUCCGUCUUCUACUACAGGAACCGGUCCUCCAUGAGCGGCCUGGUGCAAAGCACAGAGUUCUUCGGGUACUCGCUGCUCACGGCGCUCGUCUUCUCGCUGAUGCUGGGCAGCGUGUCGUUCUGGGCCUCGCUGGCUUUUAUUCGCUACAUAUACCGCAGCUUAAAGAUGGACUGAAGGCGCCAUGGGACCACGAGACGCAGCCCCCAGACGGACGUUUCCUCAUAAAAGACAUGGACAGUCACACUUAUCUCCUACUGGAUUCGUUGGAGAUGGAAAAAGGGGCCUUGAACUUUGAACUUUUGAUUUGAAUUAAUAAACUUCAUCAGCUAUCAAUGUUUGAAUGAGGGAAAGUUGGAUGGAUGGAUUAUGGACGGAUAAAAAAGCAAAUUUGGGCUGGGAUUAUGAUGGAUUUAAGGAGACGAUGGGACAAUUCAAUACAAAGGGAUUAUUGCUUUCUAUCAGGAAUGAAGGGGUCAAAUAUAUGGUGCAUUAUACGAGCAAAUGAAUUUAAUUUGUGCAACGUUACUCUGGUAUCUGAUCUACUGGAGCAAGGGAGAGGACAACCUUUGUGUAUCUGUGCAUUAAACUGGUUAUUUAAUGAGAGUUACAGUACUGUCAUAGUUUUGUUUAUACAGCAGUGCAAGUUUUAUCACUUGCAACAGUACCCCAUUUAUCUACAGCAGCCUGUUAUAAUAUGAGAACCAUUAUUUUGCACUUGGUCUGAAGGACCACAUUGUCUCUGCAGUUGAUAGCAAUGAUGCCUUGUAGAUGUGAGAGCUGUUGGAAAAUGUUGGUGAUUGGAUGCAAUAUUGUAAUUGUAUUCUACGGUCACUAUUGACUUUGGUUCUGGUGUAAAUAGUCUUUUAGUAAAGUACUUUUUAACACAA